AUGGAAGUGGGCCAAGUCACAUUUGGAGAAGGAACAUUUUUAAUUGUCAAAGAUUCAGGGUCCAACAGCAUGUCUGUGCUCCAGCAGCCUUUGUCUGAGUCAGUUCAGCCAGGAGACUCUGUGACUCUGAACUGUACAAUACACACUGAGACCUGUGCAGAACACAGCGUCUAUUGGUUUCGACAAGGCUCAGGAGAAUCCCAUCCAGGAAUCAUUUACACCCAUGGAGACAGGAGUGAUCAGUGUGAGAAGAGCCCUGAGGCUGGGUCUCCAACACAGAGUUGUGUCUAUAACCUCCCAAAGAGGAACAUCAUUCUCUCUGAUGCUGGGACUUACUACUGUGCUGUGGCCUCAUGUGGGGAGAUACUGUUUGGGAACGGGACCCAGUUGGACAUUGAGGGCGGGAGUGUAGAACCUCUUCUCUUUGUAUACUGCCUGGCCGUAACAUUGGCCUUUGCGUUUAUCUUGAUCAUUCUCCUUGCCUGCAUCAUUUACAAGAUGAAGAAGACAACGUGUCUGCAGUGCAGUGAACUGGUCUCUCAGACAAGAGGUCCUUCAGUUUCCCGGUCAGAUGCAAGUAGCCAAGAUGCAGACAGUCUCUAUUAUGUUUCUCUGCCUCUGAGCAACAAGAAGAACAGGUCUAGAAGACAGAGAGGAAACAUGGAGGAAGAGACAGUGGUCAUGUACUCUGGAAUUAGACAGUAG